UUUCUACCAAUUAUCUGAUCUCAUAUAUACCCUGUGUCAGAACUCUUAACUACCUACUGCCUAACUUUUAUUUGCACGUUGCCAGAACUUUUAAAAACCAAUUAUCAGAAUUCUUAUCUACCAAGUCCAGGAAAUCCCCAUGUAGCAAUUUUAGCUACACCUGUCUUAAAGCUUAUAUACUCAUUGUUUGCGCUUUUGUCUACCUAUUCCCUAAACUCUCGCCUACCCUUUGCCAAAACUCUUUCCUAUUAAUGCCAAAACUCUUCUUCCCAUUGUCGGACUUCUUUUGUUCCCAAUGCUGGAACUUUUAUAUACCCGUUGUCUGAACUACACACAGCCAGAACAUUUAACACCCAUUAUCAGAACUCUUAUCUACUAAAUGCCGGAAAUACUUUGCCAGCACUUUUAUCUACACCUCUUAAUGUUGAUCUACUCUUUAUUUGAACGUUUAUCUACCUAUUAUCUUCUCUUAUCUACCCGUUGGCAGAACCCUUAUCUAUUCAUUGCCAAAGCACUUGUCAUCCCAUUGUCAGAAUUUUUAUUUUCCAAUUGUCGGAACUUUUAUCUACCAAAAGCCGAAACUUUUGCAUAUUCAUUGUCUGCACUUUUAUCUACACUUAUCUUACUGUAUAUCAACUCAUUGUAUGAACUCUUAUCUACCAAUUUCCGGUAACUUAAUCUACACAUUGCGUGAACUCUAAUCUAUCCAUGGCCACAACUCUUACCCAUUGUUUGAACUAUUAUCUGUUCAGCGCCAAAAUUCUUGUCAAUCCAUUGCCAGAAUUCUUACUUACCAAGUGUCUCCUAUCAGUCAAGUCUAACCAAACCGCUUCUCCAAACAACGCGGUACUCUCAGAUUACCAAAGGCCGGAUUAAACUGCAACCCAUUUCACUUCCAGUGCCGGAAUUGAUUCAUUCAAGCGGGAAAAUUCUGCUAGUAUAUCUCUUUCAAACCGGGGCUUUCAUCUUAUCAGAGCUAAUCUCUUAUCUCCUUCUAAGUUCUUUAAAGCCACUCUUAUC